AGGGGACUGCUGUGCUAGCUUGAGUGAGACCUAUUUUACCAUAUACACAAAGGAGGUGGUCACUGACUGGAAAGAGACUCUUGUCUAUUACAUAUCCUCCUUUCCUUCCUUCUUCCUUCUUAUCCAUCUUCUUUUCUCUCCAUCUUCAUCUUCUUCUUCUUCUGAGGAAUCAAACAUCAUUGAGAAAGUGAAUUAGAAUAAUGGGGAAUUGCCAGGCUGUAGAUGCAGCUGCACUAGUAAUACAACAUCCUAGUGGAAAGAUAGACAGGAUGUAUUGGCCUAUGACUGCUAGUGAGGUUAUGAAAAUUAACCCUGGUCACUAUGUUUCUCUCAUCAUUCCUCUUCCUCUUUCCCCCUCCGAUGAGAAGUCCGAUGAAAAAACCGUUCGAUUCACCCGUGUUAAGCUUCUCCGGCCAACGGAUACUCUAGUUCUUGGCAGAGCUUAUAGACUUGUUACAACUCAAGAGGUGAUGAAGGUAUUGAGAGCUAAGAAACAUGCAAAGAUGAAGAAGAAUCAGCCAGAGUUGCAAGAAAAUCAGAGGUCAAGCUGUGAAGUUGAAGGUGGAAAUUCUGAAUCAGAUAAGAACAAGGGUAUGAGACAUGAAGGGCAUAGACAAAGGCCUGGUACAGCAAACUUAGCUGCUGCAGCAAGGUCCAAAUCAUGGCGUCCCACUUUACAGAGUAUAUCCGAGUCCAAUAGCUAAUCGAGGUUGCAACUCGAUCACUGGUAUUGAGGACUUAUAAAAUCAUGGAAGAUAUGCACAAGGAACUCACAGAAGUUGAUGGUUGUCAUUCAAAAAUCUAGUCCAUGUGGGAUGUUGAGCAAUAAUGCUUUUGUAUAGAUUAGAAAUGGAACUAACUCCACUUGAUAGAAAGAACAUCCUAUAAUGGAAAUACAUAUUCUCCAGAAUUCUAGCAA